GCUGGCUGUCGUCGGUGAUUCCAGAAUUCCAGUAUGCACUUAUAUGUUCUAUAAUAGUGAGUGCGAGUAUUAUUGCAAUUUUAUAUCAGUAAUAUAGAAUUUUAUAUGAUGACAAGUCUGAAGAAAUAAAUUUUACACACAACGUAACUCUUAUAUACUUUUAGAUUUAAAGAGAGAUAUGUCAUGGCAUAUCCGAACGCAAUGUAUGGUUCUACUGAUCCUGGAUCUGGAAUAAAUCCAGAUGUUCAACAAUGGUUUUCUAUGGUGGAUAAAGAUGGAAGUGGUCAAAUAACAGCUACAGAAUUGAAAUCAGCAUUAGCUAACGGUCAAGGAGGUACUUUCUCUGACACAGCGUGCAAGUUAAUGAUUGGUAUGUUUGAUAAAGAAAAGAAUGGCACUAUAAAUGUAUCAGAAUUUCAAGCUCUCUAUAAUUAUAUAAAUGCUUGGCUUGGUGUUUUUCGUGGUUUUGAUCAUGAUAAUUCAGGCAGUAUACAAGAAAGUGAAUUAAGUGCAGCUCUAACACAAAUGGGUUACAGACUUAGUCCAGACUUUAUUGAAUUUCUUAUAAAAAAAAGCGAUCUUCGUAAUCAUCAAUCUAUUACUGUUGAUCAGUUUAUAGUAUUGUGUGUUCAAAUACAAAGAUUUACAGAGGCAUUUAGAACAAAGGAUACGGAUCAAACUGGAACAAUCACCAUUAGUUUUGAAGAUUUCUUGGGGGUAGCUCUUAGUUGUAGCAUUUAAUACUUUUUAUUUUAACACUGAAAACAAUUAAAUUAUCACUUGCACACACUUGAUGCAAAAGAAUAACUAUUAAUGUAGCUCACAUUGCAAAUUCUAUUUUUUUAUCUUAGGAGAGAAUAUAAAACAGGUUUAUAUGUAUAUAUUUUUAGAUUUAUAAUAAAUGUACUUGUAUUUUUUUAGAAAUUAAGCAUUUUCGCAACUUACUUAGCACAUUUAAGCUUUUAUUGUGACGUUCUUAAAAUAAGAAAUAGGAUUGUGAAUAAAUAUAAGAAACACUAAUUUAUAUAUUCUAUCGAUUCUAAUAAUAUAUCAAUACCUCAAAUGACAAUAAGAUGCGUUUAUCUUGCGCAUUUAUAUACUUAAGUGACAGUGUAUAUAUAUCAAGAUAUUAAGAUAAAGAUGAAAAUCACAUGACAAUGCUUAAAGUAAAAUAUAUUAUGCAUAAUGUCUCAUAACUUUUUAUGUAUUGAGUAUAUGAUAAAAGUGAAAUAAUCCAUGUAGUCAACAUACAA